GUCAACCCACAAAUGUAUGUUGCUUCCGGAAGCUGGUUUUCGUCCCUGAACAAAAACCAGACAUCAAAACCAAAACCAAAAACCAGAAUUAAAACACAAAAAUUAUACACACAGAUUGUGAUAGAGCGGAAAUUGCCUUCAAACGACACUUUCUGACUAACAGUUAUAAACCAAGAUAGAGAGAAGAUUCAGACAGAAACAGGAGAGGGUUUUCUUUAUGUAAAUGCAUCAGAAGGAAUCUAGCAAACAACAAGAGAUCGGAAAAGCAAGCAGCAACUGCAUCUCUUCCGAUUUCAAUCUCUUCUAUUCUCAUCAAUUCAAUCAAAACUACCUUGAAUCAACCCCGCAAAAAAGUCCUGAUUUUUCCGUUCCAAACAAGCCUCAUCUCACCGUCCAAAUCCCAUUCACACCCAUAUCACCAAACCCAUCACCAUUACCAGCAACAACAAUAACUACAACCCAUCAUCAUAAAAACCCCAACUUUCACCAUCAUGAACCCUCCCCUUCUCCAACUCAUACCCUUCUCUCAACUCCCCACAAGAGGCCUAUAAUGACCCAUAAUCCUCUUUCUCAUUCCCCAACUCCUCCUUCUUUCAAGAACCACCAUAACCACCGCAAAAGGGUUGAAAGAUUAGCCUCAAAUUCUUCUCCUUUUCAAUCUUUUUCUUGUUCUACAUAUUUUGCUAUUCCUUUUGAUACUCAACAACUUGGUAGGAAACUUGUUCAUCAUUUGAACCGUGGUCGUUUGCUCUGUUUCCACUUACGUUUUCUGGUUUUGCUAUCUCUUCCUUCACUUUACUUCUUGGUUGCCAAUCCUCGUCGGUUUUUUCUGUUAAAUCUUCUUGCUUUGCUUGCUUUCUCUCUUACCCUUUUGGUUUCUCUUAACCUUGCACUCCCUCGCUUGCCUUCGAUUCGAUUACUUCUUGCUCGUUCAUUACCUGCUAAGUUUAGUCAACUAGGUUCAUCUUCUAAAUCUUCAAAAACUGUUGUUUGGUCAAUUGGGUCAAAGCCAAAUUCGGAGAAAAAGGCGAAUUCGGGAACUUGGGUGCAGGCUUACAGUAAUGGGGAUGUAUAUGAGGGUGAAUUUCAUAAAGGUAAAUGUUCAGGGAGUGGGGUUUAUUAUUACAAUAUGAAGGGGAGGUAUGAGGGGGAUUGGAUUGAUGGGAAAUAUGAUGGUUAUGGUGUGGAAACAUGGGCAAAAGGGAGCCGAUAUCGUGGUCAAUAUAGGCAGGGAUUGAGGCAUGGAAUUGGGGUGUAUAGGUUUUAUACUGGUGAUAUUUAUGCUGGGGAGUGGUCUAAUGGGCAGUGUCAUGGAUGUGGAGUGCAUACUUGUAAGGAUGGCAGCAAGUAUGUGGGGGAGUUCAAGUGGGGUGUCAAGCAUGGGCUUGGUCAUUACCAUUUCAGAAAUGGAGACAUAUAUUUUGGGGAAUAUUUUGCUGACAAGAUGCAUGGUUUUGGAGUUUAUCAAUUUGGAAAUGGACACCGAUAUGAGGGAGCCUGGCAUGAGGGAAGAAGGCAGGGAUUUGGUACAUAUACUUUCAGAAAUGGUGAGACACAAUCUGGUCACUGGCAGAAUGGGGUUCUCGAGAUUCUUAGUGCACAAAACACCCAUCUUGGAUCCCCUUAUGCUGUCACUCAAUCCAGAGUCCUUAAUGCUGUUCAGGAAGCACGGCGAGCUGCUGAGAAAGCUUAUGACAUUGCAAGGAUUGAUGAGAGAGUGAAUAAAGCUGUCUCAGCUGCAAACAAAGCAGCCAAUGCUGCCAGAGUAGUGGCUGUGAAAGCUGUCCAAAAACGAAUGCAUCAUCACAACGGUGAUGACCUAUGAACUGCAAUUGUCUAAUAUAGGACUCCAAAAUGGUAUUUGGUUUAUAAAUUCACCAUAUUGGCGUCUCCUUCAGCAGUUCUCUUCAAUUUUUGAUAUUUUCCAUUAUUCCUUCACAUUAUAAGGUAUGAUAACAGUAAGGUACCUGCUUGGAACCACGUUCAGUCAUUCAAGAAGAUGGUUGAUCAUGGAGCAAGAAAUGGGCCUCCCCUUUCCCCUUUUUUAAUGGCUUUAAUAAUGUAUAUAGGUUGAGUUUAUGAGUGACGGAUGGCACUACAGUGUGCCUAAAGAGUCUGGUACUGUUUGUGUCAUUUUCUUCUUGUAAAUGUAAUUAGUUGUAUUUCUGUAUCCUGAAACUCUGGAUAUACCCAUCCAGUCCGGCCAGCUUCGUAUCUACUCCGGUUAAUGAGAAUAACCGAAAGAUGUUAACACUAUCUAUUGGACUCCAUUUCACCCA